AUGCCGACCAACUCCUCGGAAAGAACCGUGACCACCGCCGCACCACCUUCGGCCACCACCUCAAACAUCCUAUCCACCGCCCAUCAUUUUAUUUCUAUCAAGCUAACAACCAGAAACUAUUUAUUAUGGCGUACUCAGCUCGUCCCUUUCCAACGCGGCCAACGCCUCCUCGGAUUUGUUGAUGGCGAAACUCCCUGCCCCUCGUCAACCGUCGACAGCAUUCCGGCCGCCGGCGACUCCACGUCCUGCGGUACAACCGUCGUUCCCAUGUUGAAUCCGGCGUUUGAAGCUUGGGUACAACAGGAUCAGUCGAUCCUCUCCCUUCUGAUAUCCUCGUUAACCGAUGAGGUGAUGUAUCUGACGGUUAGCCGGAAUAUAUCUCGUGAAGUAUGGCAAUCCAUCACCAUGACGCUCGGGUCGUCCACUCGCGCCCGGUGCCUAAACCUUCUUGGGCAGUUCCAAACCCUCCGGCAAGGUAACAGCUCUCCGGCAGAAUUUCUGGGACGUGCACAACUGCUGAUCGAAGACCUCUCGCUGGCUAGUCACCUGGUUUCAUUAGAAGAACAGAACUUGUUCGUAUUCCGGGGGUUCGACCGGAAUACAGACAAAUGGCUGUGUCACUCAUGGCCUCGGGGAAUCCGGUCUCGAUCACGCAAUUAUCCGAUUUUUUGCAGGCACAAGAGUUCAUCCUUGCGGAUGAUUACCCGACGACGAUUCCCGGCGUUGGUGGCUCUCCCGCCGCAAUAUUUCUCUCAUCCUCUCAAACCAAUGUGA